GGAAACUGAAGAGUUAACUAAACUUGUUGAUGGAAUUUAUAAGAAUAUCCUGGAUAAAUUUAAUCCAGGAGCACGACAAAUGAUCAAUGCCGGCAAAGCAUAUUUAAAAGCAUUACAUGGCGCAGCAGCUGCGUCCCGACUAUAUGUGGAUGCUAUUACAAAAUUAGCAAGACAAGCACAACAAGGUACAUGGGGUGGUUCAGCAGAUAUCGGUACAGCACUAAUGCGAAUUGUCGAAGUUUACAAAGAAAUACAAGAACAACAAAUGAACAUUCUAAAAGCAUUUUACGUGGAUAUGUUGGUGCCAUUGGAAACCAAUUUGGAAAAAGAUACAAAAGUUGUUCAGUCGGAACAAAAACGAUUUUUACAACAACAUAAAGCACGUUCAGAAAGCUAUAGUAAAGCAGCAGCUGCAAUAAAGAAGCAAAGGAAAAAAACACGUGCAUCUGCUGGCAGUAAAGCUGCAAUGGCUAUGGAUAAAGAAUUAAAGACAAUGCAAGUACUGGAAGAAGAAAAAUCAAAAUUGGAUGCAUUUUGCGAGCAAAGUUUGAAAAACGCAAUGACACAAGAAAGACGUCGAUAUGGUUUUGUUCUUGAACGCCAAUGUUCUCUUGCUAAACACUACUUAUCAUAUCACACAAAUGGCAUGCAAAUUUAUCAACAAAAUAUUGACGAUUGGAGUGAAGUGGCUAAGACACGUGAAUUUUUACCAGAAUCAGUUGAAAAUAUGUUUUCCAGUCGAAUGAGACAAGUGUCAUUCUGGCCAGAUGAAGAUGUAUAUUCAAAUCCAAGAAGUCCUCAGCUAGAUGACGAUCGUUUGAGUAUUACAUCACAAUUACGUAAAACAAAAAGUAUGGAUGCAUCAUGUUUAGACAUUCGUUCUAUUGGUGAUGCAGGAUCUCCAAUGCUCUCAUUAUCGAGAGCUAAAUCGGAGUUCAAUCUCACAGCAUCCACUCAUUCUUUAAUACAAGAUUGCGCUACACCACAACGCCGUCCAAAAUCAAUGGCUGUACCAUCAAAUCAAGGAUCAUUACAAUGGGAUACACAAUUGGCACGUGCAUUAUACGCAUAUUUAAGUAGUGGUGAAAAUCAAUUAAGCUUUCUCGAAGGUGAUGUGAUCGCUUUAAUUGGUGAACGUAAUAAAGGUUGGCAAUAUGGUGAAAAUUUACGAACACAAUGCAGUGGAUGGUUUCCAUUAGCCUAUACUGAAAUAAUUCUUGACGAUUCGAUUUUAUCUCCAUCACAUCGAAUAUCUGAAUCACAAGCCAGUGGACAUUUAACUCCAGUAACACCCACUAAUGGAAGUGGCAUAUCAUCGGCUAAUAAUCAUUAUAGCAGUAACCAGGAGAAAUCAAUUAACGAAAAUUCAAAUACUAGAAUGUUUGGCGAUACUCUAAACUUACAUCGAUCUUUAACCAAUUCUAAACAGAUUCGUCGUGUGACUGCAGCACAUUCGUCUUGUCCACCGCCAUCAUUGCCUGCACCUGUUCCAACACCAACAUUACCAUUUCCCAAAUCAUCAGCAUCCACAAUGCCACAUUCACAAAGUACAUCGUUCAACCAAACCUCAUACAGCCAAUCAAAUACGAAUCCAAGUAUAAAAACUUCAACGUCUACUUUUAAUUUUACAACACCUACUUCGGGGUCAUAUUCAACGCAUCCUCAGGGUACACGUACCACAGAACGUAUUGCUCAAACAUCCACUGCAAUUAAUUCGAAAACUGGAAAAGUGGGACCAGCUGUUGGAAAUAUUUCGUUACAUAGCAGUAAUGAUUCUGGAUUUAGUAAUGAUCCACCACCACAACCAGAAAUCGAUUAUUCAGAUGAUGAUAUUACAAUUCAAAACUCAAAUCGUGUGCCCAUUCGCUCAUCAACUCGCCAAAAAAAUGACAAUAACAAUAACAAUACAAAAGCUCUUGGUAACGGUAAUAACGUCUUAAAUGGUAAUAACGAAUAUCCCACACGAUCGGGUAGUUAUGGGACUUUAUUAGAUCAAAAUAAAUCAAAUCAUUCAAGUUCAUCAUACAACAAUCAAGCAACGUUAAUGCGUUCAAUGCGAGUAUCUGGGAGUGAAAAGCGAGGUAUCAUCAAACGUACUAAAUCAUUUUGGAAAUUUGGUAAAAGUACAGAGAGUGAAAUCUUAGAAGGCAUGGCAUUAUGGAAACAUCGCGAUUUAGUCGAUGUACAACGUGAAAUUGCCAAAAAUAAGCCAAAACCAAAAGCACAUCCACAACAAAAUGCUUUGCCUCAAAAUGCUUUACCACAGAAUGCAUUACCACAAAAUGGUACAAUGGACCGUACAGACCGUCAUUCCGGCUCAGAAAAAUCGAACGAUUCAGAUCGUACUUUACAAAAUGCCAAACCUAGCGAAUCAAUAUAUAUGGAAAAGUCAGAAAUGAAAUCGAACGAAAAUAAUCAAGUUGAAGAAACUCCAAUUGUUAAAAAGAAAACAAUAGAGGGAGGUCAAAAAACUACAGACAGUGAUUUUGAAAAUGAAUUUAUAGAUGGAAUUCCAGAUACUGAAGACAACUUUUUCGAUGAUGAUGGACUAAUGCUUCGAGUAAAAACUGUUAAUCGAAAAAAUAUUUUGCAACAAUAUAAUAACGAUGAUGAAAUAAUGAGUGAAUCCGAAAAUAACGAUAGCGAUUCAGUGGUCUCAAGUGAUGAUCCAUACGAUUGUAUCGUGGUAGACGAUCAUACUGCAACCACAAAUGACCAAAAAAAGAAUGCAAAAAAACAAACAGAUACGAAAUCAAAAUCAAAAAAACCAAUCAAUAAAGUUGCUGAAAUUGGGAAAAAAUUAGAAAAAUUAGCAAAAUCAACAAAAUACUCACAAAAAGAAAACCAGAUUAGAAAAUCAAGCGAUGUUAAUAUUGAAAGACGCCGAUCAUUACCUAGAAGCUCUCGCAAAAUGUCUGAACAACGUGAACAUACAUUUAGAACUUUUGGACAUGAUGAAAAACGGCGAUCGAUGCAAGAACCUUCGAAAAGAGAACGAGAAAGAGAAAAGAGGUAUGAUCAGAAUACAUCAGAAAAUAUAUAUGGUGAAGGACAACAGACUGAAAAUAGACAAAUUAUUCCACGAACCAAACUUGUAAAAAGUAAUUCAGUUGGUACAGCCACACAUGAAUCAGACGACAAUGGCUUAAUGGAAUAUGGCCAAAGUUUACAAAAACGAUUAAAACACCCAGACACAAAAUAUCAAGAAAUAUCUCCAGAAACUGGUAACAUGUACGGUCCAUGGUAUGAUCUAUGGGGAAUGGAUUCAUCAGUUAAGAAUAUGCCUAUUACAAAAAAACGUAUGAGUCGAAAUCCACGAGAAGAAAAUAUUUAUGGCGAGAAAUUUUAACCAACCAUAAUUUAUAUAUUAUAUCCUUUCGAAUCUUUUUAUUUCUAAGUACUAAUCGCAUGUUUCUAUUUUUCAGGGCGAAUGCAUUUGCUACAGUAAAACUACGCAAGACUAAAACUAACGAUAGAUCAGCUCCGCUUAUUAUUGAAUAACCAGAAUAAACGCUUUUCUAAUUCCUAAA